AUGUCGGUAUGGGACGAGGAGAAGAAGAUGUUGAAGGAAGGGCAGGGGAACUUUCUUUGUGGGAAGCAGGGAGGUGGUUGUGAAGCAGGUUGGAGGAGUUAUAAAGAAUUGAAUGCAUUGGGAAAUAAUAGAACUCCCGGCCCGCUCACGCCGAACGUAGUGCCUGAAUCUAACCCACGGGGUGGCCUAGAUGAUCACCGCCCACCAGAUGAGCGUAUCCUUCAUGGAGACACCUACAUUUCGUUGUGGCUAGAUCCUCACAAUCGAAGAAGAGUUGUGAAAGCCGACUUUGCGACAAACAUUGUUCCAGGUCCAGCAUUUGUUGCCAGCAAUGAUUUUUACAUGAAGCUUAUUAAUAUAGGAGACUCCCGUGGAAACUUCACAGUUGUGGGAUAUUUCUGGCCUUCUAAAGUACUUUUCGGAGUCCGAGCACCUAACCCUUAUGCUAAUGCCAGAAGCUUCCUAGAACCUACUACAUCACAAUGGUUUAUCAUUCAUUUUGGGAGAGGUUAUAAGGUACAGACAAAUCCUCAUACUGGAGCGGUGGAAAGUGUUAGCCUCUUACCUGAAAAUGUCCAUGAAAAACCAGAAAAUCAACACGGUCUUUUACGCGGAUGGUAUGGGAUGGGUGACGUACACUUUUGGCUCUUUCAUGCACCAACUAAAGGACCUAUGGGAGCUGAAUACACCCCGAUAGUUCCUCCGCCUGAAAUUUCGCCCCAUUAAGUUGCGGACAAGA